AUGUCUCGUAUCUGUGGCACCGUUGUGAGAACCUUGCAUCUGGCCCUUAGAACAAUUAGUUCACCCGCCAACGUGCCUCGGGAUGAGACCUAUCCGGCUCGGUGCCCGUGCCACGGCUCACCCAGAACCGGCGGACCAAGAGAUAAACCACAGCGGAUCAAUGCCCCGCUGCUCCGCCGAUACACAACCCUAACCCUUGCCGAGGGCGCCCUCAAGGCGGCCUCGGUGCAACCUCAGACUGUCCCACAGUCCAUAACGAAAUUGAGAAGGCAGCCCUGGUUCCACACAGUUGCGCCCCUGCCCACAGGGCGGCCCGAUGCCAUCCCUAUGUUGCGCCCCGUGUCGGGCAUGCUAGCCCCAGGGACGUGCUCUUGGUGCGCCACAGUGUCACCGCGGGGAACCUCGCCCCUGUUUCGUCCAACUCAUAGCAGGGUCGCGGGGGCCUCACGGUGUACGAUCCAGUUGCGCCCAACUCGACCCGCUGUGUAG